AUGGGUGUUGAUUUGGAGUCGGUGUCGGAGGCGACCUCCGGCGCCGUGGGGUCGCUUCUGAGUACAACGAUCUUAUACCCACUCGAUACAUGUAAAUCAAAGUUCCAGGCGGAGAUUCGAGCUCGUGGCCAGCAGAAAUACAGAUAUCUCUCAGAUGUCCUGUGGGAAGCGAUUUCUAAAAAACAGGUUCUCUCGCUGUAUCAAGGCCUAGGAACGAAGAAUUUCCAGUCCUUCGUUUCGCAAUUCAUCUACUUUUACAGCUACAGCUAUUUCAAGAGGCUGCAUAGUGAAAGAACAGGUUCGAAAUCGAUCGGAACGAAGGCAAACUUGCUCAUUGCUGCUGCUGCUGGGGCUUGUACUUCCCUUUUAACUCAGCCUCUAGAUACAGCUUCAUCAAGGAUGCAAACGAGCGAGUUUGGAGAAUCAAAAGGGUUGUGGAAGACGUUGACAGAGGGUGCUUGGGGAGAUGCUUUUGAUGGCCUUGGGAUCUCUCUUUUACUGACUUCGAAUCCAGCAAUUCAGUAUACAGUGUUCGAUCAGCUGAAGCAGCACCUUCUUAAGCAGAAAACUGCAAAAGCCGAGAAUAGUUCUUCUCCGGUAGUGCUCUCCGCGUUUAUGGCGUUUGUGUUAGGUGCGGUUUCCAAAAGUGUUGCCACUGUCAUCACAUAUCCAGCAAUCAGGUGCAAAGUGAUGAUUCAAGCUGCUGAUGACUCGAAGGAAAACGAGACGAAGAAGCCGAGAAGAAGGGCAAGAAAAACGAUUCCAGGGGUUGUGUAUGCGAUAUGGAGAAAAGAAGGGAUGUUAGGGUUCUUUAAAGGCUUGCAGGCUCAGAUCUUGAAGACAGUUCUGAGCUCAGCGUUGCUACUGAUGAUAAAGGAGAAAAUCACUGCAACGACAUGGAUUCUCAUUCUAGCUAUCCGUAGAUCUCUGUUUCUCACAAAGAGCAAGUUGAAAAGUCCUUAG